GCGCAGGUCUUGGCCCGCGCGUUCGAAGAAAGACGCAACCUAUGCAAGUUACACUCGCAGACGGCCGCACGCAAAAGUCAAUUGACCGAUGCGUUGACGGCGUUCCGGUCUACUUUGCGCCACUUGCGUGCCUUUUGACAUCCUCGACACUAAGUUCGACAUGAUUCUAGGCAUGUCUUGGUUGCGUAGCGCCGAUCAUCCGGUGAACUUCCAUGACCGAACCGUUCACAUCCGCGAUCGGAACGGAGUGUUAGUCCCGUGUACGGUCGCGACCCCUCACACUUCGAUUGCUUGUCACGUGGUUUCCGUUGCGCGGAUUCACGAUGCCAUUGCUCGGAAUGACGUCGAGGAGAUGGGCCUUGUAUUCUUGCAUGCUCUUCCCUCGCCGGACGGACCAGCUGCGUCACCGCCAAACCCACGCAUUUCUCACCUCUUGGACGAGUAUAGAGACGUCUUCGAGGCUCCCACCAGAACGGUCCCGGAUUGGCCCAUACGUCACGGGAUCACUCUCGAGGCUGGUGCCGUCCCUCCGCGUGGAUGUAUCUACCGCAUGAGCGAAGAGGAACUCGAGGUGCUUCGCGCACAACUCGAUGAUCUUCUCGACAAGGGCUGGAUUCGCCCUAGUUGCUCGCCAUACGGUGCACCUGUUCUCUUUGUCCGGAAGAAGAACAAAGAUCUACGGUUAUGCAUCGACUAUCGGAAACUUAACGCACGAACCGUAAAGAACGCCGGCCCUCUCCCUCGGAUUGAUGAUCUCCUUGAGCGGUUAGGCGGCGCGACGUACUUCUCGAAGUUGGAUUUGAAGUCAGGUUACCACCAGAUUGAAAUCCAGCCUCAAGACCGGUACAAGACCGCGUUCAAGACGCGGUAUGGGCAUUUUGAGUGGGUUGUCAUGCCAUUUGGCCUCACCAAUACCCCCGCAACGUUUCAAGCAGCAAUGACGACUUAGUUUCGCGACUUGCUCGAUCGCAGCGUCCUCAUCUACCUUGAUGAUAUCUUGGUUUAUAGU